UUUGUCUUAUGUGGUCAAAAACUAAAUAUUUCUAAACCGAUUAUCUUUGGGUUUUGGACAGUUUUUCACAAUUAUUUAGACAUUUCAUAGACUAAACUGAUGCAAUAACUGCAAUAUUGCAAUAAAGCGCUAUUGACAAGUCAACCACAGAGGAUAUGAAGCAACCGCCACAACUACUAUGCUCAAGUUUUUUUCUUUUUUGAAGUCUUUGCAUUGGGAGAGCCAGGUAUUUACACUACGCUACAAACGCCAGCAGUGUGACGAGGCGCCGAGCGUCUAUUCUGCACGGAACUUUGCUGGAUAAAACACAUCAGGGUCCUGCUGCUGUAUCCUGGAAGACACAUGGUCAUGAACAAAUAGAAUCAGUUAAGGCCCUCCAGCUGACCCGGGCUAAGUCGUCGCUGUGGGGCUUUGUUGUUGGUGGGCCAGCUGAACAGGCGUGUAUGUGAGUGAGAGGUGAUGAAGUCCAGUAUGAGGCAGUGGCGGCGGCUAGUGCUGAUGGGAAUGCUGGCCUGGGUUCUCCUCUUCCUCGCCCUCCUCUCUUACUUCCUGGAUGCUCGUGUGAAUGAGCCCCUGACCUCGGUUGGCUCUUUACUCUCCCAGCACCCCGACACCCGCCGCCUGUCCUCUAUACAGGCCUCCCAUCAACAGCAUGCCAACCUGGGCUCCCGGGCUGAACUGGCUUCCACCUUAACUGCAACCUACCCUGGAGAUGAGCCAGACCCGGAGCCUUCUGCCAGCUCCACAACCCCAGAGCUCAGCCUGGAGGCGAGCCACAACCCCAACAGUGCCCCUUACUCCAUUUAUGGUAGCCAGGAGACCAGCCACCAGGACUACCUGGACCCACAGAGCCUGGCUGCCUGGUCCUCCUUUGGUACAGAAAAUGUGGGUUCUCACUCAGACCCUUCAGUCCAGAGUCGUGAGAGAACUUCCCAGACAGAGUACCAGAACCGUGCCAGCACCACACGCAACCACGGCGGGGAGGAAGAGGAAGAAGAUGAGAGGGACAAUGAAGAAGAAGAAGAACUAGGAAAAAGAAUGAGGACUACAGCAGGCAGGCGGCGCGGCGGUGACUCCUCGGAUCUGGAGGAAUAUUACUUCUCCAAGUCAGCUUCUGUGGUGCAGCGGUUGUGGCGGGGUCGCGUGUCCUCCGGCAUGCUGAGUCCUCGGCUGCAGCGCGCCAUGAAGGACUACGUUAGCGCCAAUAAACACCACGUCUCCUACGAGGGGCAUCGCAGGGCCGCCCAGAGCGCUAAGGAGGUGCUGUGUCAAAUGAAAGCCCAGGCCCGGCUCAGGACAGUGGACGGGUCGGAGCAGCCCUUUGCCUCACUCGGUUGGGCUCGUCUGGUGCCGUCUCGUCCUCUGGAGCGACUGCAGGGACGGCAGGACCAGAGCAGCUUCAAGACCUGUGCGGUGGUCACCUCGGCGGGAGCCAUCCUGCGCUCAGGACUGGGCAAAGAGAUUGAUGCUCAUGAUGCAGUGUUACGGUUCAACGCUGCACCAACAGAGGCAUACGAGAGAGACGUGGGGAACAAAACCACCAUCCGCAUCAUCAACUCGCAGAUUUUGGCCAAUUCUAAGCAUCGAUUCAACACAAGCUCAAUCUACAAGAACGUGACCCUGGUGGCCUGGGAUCCUGCACCUUACACUGUCAACUUACACAAGUGGUAUGCCAGCCCGGACUACAACCUGUUUGGUCCCUACAUGGAGCACCGCAAGCUCCAUCCCGGCCAGCCCUUCUACAUCCUUCACCCAAGCUACGUGUGGCAACUCUGGGAUGUGAUUCAGGGCAACACUCAGGAGAAUAUCCAGCCCAAUCCUCCUUCAUCUGGCUUCAUAGGCAUCCUCCUGAUGAUGGCGCUGUGCGAGCAGGUGCACGUGUACGAGUACAUUCCCUCCAUGAGGCAGACGGACCUGUGCCACUACCAUGAGCGUUAUUAUGAUGCUGCCUGUACACUGGGUGCCUACCAUCCCCUCCUGUAUGAGAAGAGCCUGAUCCAGCGGAUCAACACGGGCCCCGAGAGUGACCUCCGCAGGAAGGGACGGGUCACUCUUCCGGGCUUCAGCACCGUCAACUGUGACAUCUGAGAUAUUAAACCUGAGCCUCUGGGCCCAAUCAUACACACACACACACUCCGGCCUUUUUCUGGCUGACUAAGGGAGAGGUGCAAUAAUGCCACUGGAGACAAGGAGGCUGGAGCUUACAAGUUUCAAAUUAGACCCAUGAAGAAGAUAAGCCAUAGCCCUCCAGAGAGGGAUCAACAUGAAGGCCUCUGAAACUUGUCUUCAUUAAGAUGGUUUACUACACCAGAGACUGGCAGGAAGAGUCUCCGAGAUGGAGCUGAAAAAGACGUUUUUUCUCUCUGCUUUAGCUGAGCCACGUUAGCUGUGGAGCUGACUAGGGUAGCAACAGAUCCGUGUUUUUAGAUAGACAAGUGAAUUUUCAAUAACUGGGUGUGUUUCAAUGGUGUAAACUGUGUUUUUCAAUAGUACGAGUGGUUCUCCGCUCAAAGGAAAUGCCACUGUUUCUAACGGUGGAUAUUUGUGAUUUAUUUUUUCCCUUUUUUUACUGGUCCAAAGGGUUGUGAAUAAGCAAAGAAGUCAUCCACGCUGAAUGUCAUUAAUGCAACAUAAUAUACACACAUUCGCACUUACAGAGCAGCAACACAUGCAGAAGAACAGUGUAAAAGACAGUUUCGGUGUCUCCACACAUACAAAGUCGAGCUGUCGCAGCAGUCACGUUACUGUACGUUACUCAUCGCUCUACAGCAGGUGUUCCUGUUCGAUAUUCCCCUGAUAUCUUCAAGUUCAUGUUGUCACAAUGAGUUUAUUUCACACUACUGAUGUCGUUAAGCUUCAUACUAAUUUACUCGCCUGUGCAUGCCAACUAGCCAGCUCAUUACCACCAGUCUGUCGCUCCUCGUUCACACAUUUUUUGGAUGAUUCCUCGUUCAGAGUCGUCCCAGUUAAUAGCCCGCAGGAAGGGAGGCGCUGGUUGUCCUUUUUUUUUUAUUCAUCCUACUUAUAGUAAUUUUUUCUUUUUACUGACGGCGUGAUUAAAUCAAUGUAAAUGGGGCCAAAAUGGAUCUUCAGAACAAACCGGUGCUCAGAACAGCCGUGACCUUGUGCCUGGUGGUCGACUGAACACUCUCCUCGGGUUGCCUUGUGAUUGUUCAGGUACACGCAGUACAUACUGCGGCAGGACUGCAGUAACACAGAGUUUAAUUGCCUGUGAGAGGUAUGGAGCAAGGGUUACUCGGCUCUGCCUCAGCAAUCACCAGCCCCCUGUUUUUGACGGUCAGUUCACUCUUUAUUGAAUGUAACCACUGCGUGUGAUGGCCAAACCCUCCCUGGAGCUCAGCUCUGCAGUACAGUAUGGUCUGCGUAUGUGCAGGGUUAUUUCGUUGUCAUGUAACAGCACGAUGCUCAUUUCCUACAACUAUUAUCUCAUAUUUCCUGUAUCCUCUAAUAUUGGUCUGUACCUGUCUGCAGCUCACAGUGGAGACGAUUAUAAAAGAGGAAUUUGAACCGGUAAUAUCAGCAGAUUUGCUUCGUCUCCAGCUAGGACGAUUUUUUAUGUUUACAGUCAGUCUGUCACAUCUGCGAGGAAGCUCUAGAGGUAUUAGCUCGGCGUGGAGAGGAGGAUUGGUUGUGAUUUUUGCUGCUGAGUGCAGACAGUCAGACAAAUCUUGCCUAUAACAGAGAUUUCCUAUUGCUAAGUGUGCUAUUCUACGAAAUGUUCUUGUGCCAUUGGUUGUGGUUCGAUAUAAGAUGUGAAAACGUGUCUCAGAGAUGUUUGUUUGAAUAGUCUGAUGUAUGUUGAAUUAGAUGGCUCUAGUUUGUAGUAGUAGUAUGUAGAUGAUUCUGAGGCUUAACGUUACUUGUUGUUGAGUAGGGCUGGGUAUCAUCCAAAAUGUGUACUACAAACAAGUACUGUGAAAGUACAACCUCUUUUUGUAACUGCGGCAACACCUGAUCAAAGGAAAUAAUUUCGAUGCAUGACAGUCCGGGUGGGCGAUGCAGAUAAAAACCUCUAUAAUGGUAUUUUAUAUUGCAACAUUGAUAUACUGUAUAUCGUGAUAAAGUACAUUUUCUGGAAAUUCUGUUGAGAAUCUACACUGAGUUGCCAGUUUAUUAGGUACAUUUUGCUAAAACUAAAUAAAUAAAUAUAAAUUCAUUAAAAUAAAUGGGAGUGGACAAAAUAUUAGAAAACACAUCUCCGAUAUAUUACUAUAAUGCAGUACAACUCAACAGCACCACAAACUACAGCCUCUAAAAUGACUUGAAUCAAGACUAUAGGAUUUAUUGCAGCGCUGUUAGAUUACUUUUAGAUAGGUAGACCCAAACUGGAAGCUGAGUGUAUGUAUAUGGAUAAAAGAACCAGAUAUGAAUGACUAAUUCAGUGAAUUACAUACGACAAUGACGAAGGUAUUUCAUCACAUUGAUGCAAAAUUGUGUAAAUCUGAUAUGGCCAUAAAGCAGUUUUCCUCAUUGAUUUGCAGCGGCCUCAAUAGAAAUUGUAUAGAAAACAUCUGUUGACAGUAUUAUGGUCAUAUCGCCCAGCCCUACUCGACAGCUAUGGACGCAUUUUGCUCAGAGUUUGAAAAAAGGUAUUGAGGUUUGAUACCCAGCUCCAGUUUCAGGUGGAUUGUUUGGCAUGUUGUUAGAGGAUUCUUGGAACCCGGUAAAGUCAGAAGCUGUUAGAGGACUGUACUGUCACAGAGGUUUCACAAACACAAGCUUAAGGAGAUUUAUCUUUUAUUUUGAAUCGUGCAGGUUCUCAGCUCUCCUGUAGGUUUUUAUGUUUCUCUGUUGAGAUAAAUCAAAUGUUUUAUUGCUCGUGAUUGUAACACACUGAAGGUGCAAAAACCCCUGAACAUAUUGUACAUGUAUAUUUCUAAUAACUUUGAUUACUUUCCAAUGCACAGAGCAUGCAAAUCAGGAUCAGGGCUACGAGUCUUAAACUGUCUGUGCUGUACCGUGCUGCAAGUAGACACCAUUGUCAUUAAUGUUGUGAGAGGCGAUUACGCUAUAAGAUUUUUAUUUUAUUUUUUUCUUGAGUGGUGUUUUGAAGAUUUUAGUGCAUGCUUGUGGACCGGGAAAUCACAUCCAGCUGCGGUGCAGCUAUUAGUAGUUCCCUGGGAGCACUCGAUUCAGUGCAAUGCAUUCUGGCAACUUCAUGUUUGCAUCCUAAUAUUGUGCCAAAUUCCAUUUUUAAUUGUGUCUUAGCAGGGUGGUAUGAGGACCGAUAGCAGGAUGCCUAAGGUGCUAUUGAUUCUCUUUGUAGUUAAAGUGGAAUUAAAUUGAAUUCUUAAUCCUAUUCAAGACAACAAUUUUAUUUACCAGGAUUAAAUCCAGGACAUUGUGCUGAAACAUGCGAGUGGUGAGAUAAGAAAACAUAUUUGCAUUACGUUUUGCCCUCUCAGCCUCUUUUCUCCGCUCUUUUCUCUCGAGGCCUAUGUUUCAUGUCAUGUUUUUACUCAGUAAUGUGGGAAUUUCUGCACCACACUGCCUCUAAAGGAUUGCUCAACAUUGAAGUUUUUUUUGUACAUUUCCCUCCUGCAGCUUCCUGCAGUGCUCCUAAAAAGAGGAAGAGGAAAAAGAAGCAUCCGUGACUGCAAAUAUUAAGAGUGAAGGUCCUGUUUCACUCCCAGCAGCCUUAGGGUGUUCUUCUUGACUUUACUUUUGAUUUGUCAGUGAAUUCUCUUCCUACACUUGAAUUGAUAUUUAAAUAGACCAUUUGUAUGAUUUCAGCUGUUGUAAUUUGUCUUUUUUUACUAUGUAAAUAAAGUCGUUGUACAUGUCAUAA